AUCUGGGGAGUAUAAAAGCCCGCAUGAUUUGCUAUGAUAUCAGUAUUAAACAGAGAUUAAAAGAAGUCGGAACAAUGAACUAUAAGAUUUGCUACGUAUUCGCGUUGGCCUUUUUCGACGCUGUCUUGUCAACAGCCACCUUAUUGAACAUCCCAGAACCCUUACUCGUGCCAUGUAACGUCGGAGACCUGGAAUGCCUGAAAAGAUCCACGGAGUUAUUUUUAAGGCAAACCCAUAAAGGAAUACCCGCCUUAAACAUAUUGCCUAUUGACCCGUUGUCCAUACCUGUAUUGGAAGUACAAUUCCCGGGUGAUAAUUUGGUGUACAUUAAUAAAAAUAUUACUGUGACGGGGUUGGGACAUCAGAGAUUGGAGGCGCUUAAAAUGGAUCUUAGAACUGGUUCGGUAGUGCUCACGACAUCUGCCGACGUGAACAUACACGGCGACAUCAAUCAGGUGUUCCGUAAUCUGGGAAGGAGUGUGGCGGGACAUUUCUGGACAUAUGGACGUGUGUUGGGUACAGCUUCUUACAGUUACACGCUUCAAAGGGACAGCAUGGGAGUUGAACAUUAUGUAGUCGGCCCCGAAACUACCUCCUGCGAACUUGUCGACACUCCGGUAGUUUCCUUCAGUUCUCAGUUGGCAGAAACUUGCAAUGAUGCAUUUUGUCCAGAGGAGAUAAAACAGUUGUGGAAAACGAAUUUCUGCAAAAUAGUAGAGAAAGCGUACGUCUCUGUCGUUCACAACAUCAGGGCGGCUGCCAAAGUCCUGCCUUCAACUGCCUUCUUUAAAAAUCCCCAUGGAUUUUAAAAUAUAUUUAGUUCUGGAGUCGGCAAACUUUUGAAGGAAGAAGAGCCAGCCGCAGUUUUAUAUACACGAAGAAGCGUGCCUUGACUCAUAAUAUCAUGUUAUUAAAGGUUAGAUUUGACGAAUCUGCGCGUCAUUGUGUAUGACACGAACUAUAAAUCUAAAUGCCGCAAAUUUAAUAUCAAUAGUCUAAGAACCGGUUUGCCGACCCCUGGUCCAGAACAUUCUGACCCCACUAAGUCGCCUAACAAGUUCAAUAUGCAGUAUGGCAUUGCCAUACAUAGUCACUUGACUGCCAAGAAGCUGCAUACUUAGCCUGGUUAGAGUUUAAAGACCUUACAAAAUUAAUCAGGAUUCCAGUUGUAUAGUAAUAGUUCUUUUCUGCCCUCCGAUCAGAAUAGUACAUUACGAUACAAGUGCGAAAAAUAGGAAAUUCGAAACGAGUGGCGAUAAAUUAAAACACGACCGAAGGGAGUGUUUUAAAUCGACACGAGUUGCGAAUUACCUAUUCGCACAUGUAUCGUACAACGUUUUACAGUACAUAUGGCCCUUUAAAUGUUCGACACAGUAACGUAAUAUGCUACUUCUCGCACUAGUGCUAUAAAGUAGCCCCAUAUGUACUGUAAAUAAGUCUUAAGUCUUCUACUGGGUCACCAAGAAAAAUCGAUAAAUUAAAAGAAUUUGGUUUGUUUUUAAGUUCUAAUUAGAUUGACUUUUUGAUUGAUUCAUUAUACGUGAUAAAUUACAAAAAUACAUAGAUUUGAAAGA